CAGCUAUCAAGCGAUGGAGUCAGUCUUUGCUGCAUCGGCGGACAGAACACAAGUACUAGUCUGGUCGUCGACUACUCUCUUCGAAAUCCUCUCUAAAAGAGCUCAUCCAGCUAGCAGAACGGACGCCGCAUUUCAAUGGAUGUGGUUCUUCACGACCCUCCUCGGAUAGGAACUGUGGCUUCGGCACCGCGACAACCGGGAAGCAGAGGGAAAACCCACGUCACGUCGACAGCCAACUCGAUUCCAGUCUCGAGAUAUCCCCCACCCCAUCAACAUCUGGGCAUCCGACAACUGGCACUUGCGAACGCCAGCCCUUCUGCUAACGGAGACCUUGCUCAUUAUCGAAGGUCUCACUACCGGUACUGUUUCAUUCUCACUUCCACUUCCAGUGGACGUGUGCGAGGGACCAAAGUCUCCUCCUGAUCGCCCUCCACCACACACCAAGUGGCUGCAUAGUUCAAUUAUCCAGCCCAGAGCGUCACCAGCAUGAAGUUCCCCCUACCUGCCGACACGUUUCCGACUCUGUCGCUACCUUUGGAUGACCAAGACGCACUGAAGAACCUGGCCCAAGCGUUCGUGGAUGACGCAAUGGUAGAGUACCAAACCUUCCGAAACCCUCCUCUUAAUGGCGUUAUCGAUGACACACGUUGGAAGCUCAUCAAGAAGCGCGACGGCCUCACAUCCUACCUAGAUCGAGAGCUUGGAGACCCUACAGCAACAAGGAAUUCCGUCCGGGAGAGUGUGGGGUCCAUGAGCUUCUCGAGGAAGUUACACGGUGUGUUGACUUUCGGGACGAUCGACGGAUCCUUACACGACCAAAUGUAUGGCAUGCACCACUGCAGCAUGGAGCUCAUGCGGAUCAAGUCAGCGUACAUGAACGACAAGAUCGCGGAUGGGAAAAUUCUGUGCGAGAUAUGCAAUGCAACACCAGAACAUCCAGUGGACGGCCUCUACAUUAAGUGGAGCGUAUCCGACUUCGCGCCCGUUUUACUGCGUCGAGUGGUUCGACCCCGAGAUUUUGUUUUCUUGGAUGGCACAGGCAUUAUUGAAGAUGAAGCUACAGGUGAGAAGAUCGGCUACAGCGUUAUGCACUCGCUACAAAUCCCAGAUAUCCGUGAAUUGACGGAAUACCAGAUCGUGCGAGCCACUUUAUCUAUCUGCGCGUUAUUCAGACAGAAAUCUCCAGGAGUUGUGGAAGUUUAUAUGAAGGGCUUUGUGGAUUCUAUGGGGGAUAUCCACACAAGUGUGGCCAUCCCAGCGACGGCAGAAGCGCUGAUGUCGUACCGGAAAGGCGUGUACUGUGGUCAGAUGAAGAAGCUCAACUGGCUACUUAAGACCAAGAAGACUGUGAUGCUUGAUCGACCCAACGGCAUUUGCUCCGUCUGUCAGAAGACUGUGAAAAAGUCGUCGUCUCCUGAUCAUUUGUGUCAGGUUUGUAUGAACCAGGUUUGCUCUGCGUGCAGUGUGGUCCAAAAAUUGGCUUUCUUGUCCACAACGCGAAGGAUCGUUCGACGGAAUUUAUCGUUCUGUACUCGGUGUAUGCGUGUGGCUGUGCUUGCGGACGGACUGGAGGUCGCUUCGGAAGAGCUCCGUCGACUUAAUCCUCUCGAGUACUUUGAGAUUUCGUCCAACGACAGCGGUACUCCAGCUUCACCGUCGAACUCGACUUUACCCGACAUUGUACAAGAAUUCUUCGGCUAAAGCCUCAAGAGUUGCAAAAGUGGCUGGAAGAAUGGAGUAACAUGGUUACUAAGGGGGAUACGUAUUAUAAAACAGUGGAGUAAGUAUAAACUUGAAUGUGACGAGUAAAAGAAUGCCCAUACUCACGGAAAAAAAAGGUUUGCUGAAGCGAUCGAUUUUCUGCUACCAUUGAAUGGCAUAAGACAUUGAACUAUUAGUUGUAGUACUACUUGGAUAACUCCCAUAAAUCUACUAUAUUGAAUUUUAUUA